AUGUUCAUUCUGCUUGUCACUCAGGUUUUGGUGCUGGAAGAAUCAAACUCACGCGACAUCAACCCAACUGAGAGUAUCCCGAAACUUGCUUCAUUGAGCUGCGUUACUGGUCGCUGGAAUAAGAAUAUGGGUCGCGUGCCUACAUCGCAGAUCCUUCAGUUACUCCAGAACUACUUUACUGCGUUCCAGCUCUACGGAAUCUGGGGUUUUGUGGUGAUCUCUGAGCAGAUAAAUGCCGACAGCUAUCAGUCCCCAAUGACCUUGAACCCAAACCACAACGACGCGUGUUCCAAUCUUGCCGCCCUCACACCACCUUCCAUUCACCAGCAACAGCGGCUCCUCCGCUACAGCCUUGGCGAAGCAACUAAGGAUAUCAUCAACUUGUCAAUGUUUGCUACAUGA